AGGUGAUCAUCAUCCAGUAACCAGUCAGAAACUACAAAGAAAACAUGGGGAGGAUUUUCCUCACAGGAGAAAAGGCUAAUUUGGUAUUAAAACGCUACCCAAGAGCUAAUGGAUUUUUUGAAGAAAUACGACAAGGCAACAUUGAACGUGAAUGCAAAGAAGAAGUCUGCACAUUUGAAGAAGCCAGAGAAGCUUUUGAAAAUAAUGAAAAAACUAAAGAAUUCUGGAACACCUACACAAAAGCUCAACAAGGAGACAGUAACAGGGGAAGUGACUGGUUUCAGUUUUACCUUACCUUUCCAUUAAUCUUUGGGCUCUUCAUUAUCCUCCUUGUCCUUUUCCUAAUCUGGAGAUGCUUUCUAAGAAACAAAAUACGCAGACAAACAGUGACUGAAAGCCACAUUCCUUUUCCUCAACACCUUAACAUCAUCACUCCUUCUCCUCCACCAGAUGAGGUUUUUGAUAGCAGCAGCUUGUCCCCAGGCUUCCUGGAAUAUGUUGUUGGGCGUUCAGAUUCUGUGUCCACUCGCCUGUCCAAUUGUGACCCCCCUCCAACCUAUGAAGAAGCCACUGGACAGGUGAACCUACAGAGGAGUGAUACUGAGCCUCAUUUAGACCCACCGCCAGAGUACGAUGACAUCAUCAACUCCAGCUCAGCCAGCGCCAUUGCCAUGGUGCCUGUGGUCACCACGAUCAAAUGAAGAUGCAAACUUCUUAACAUAAUCAUUUUUAAAAUACUAAUGAAAGACAUUUCUAGCACUUUACCACUACCUAAAUGUGCAUACAUCUAUUUUAUUGAACUUGUAAAGCAUACC